AUGGCCGACGGCGAAAUUCAAAUCGUUCCGACGGGAAAAGAGACUACAAAGAAGAAACGAGCACCCAACUGGCUUCCAAUUGAGGAAGAACAGCUUGCAAUCUCAUGGGUUCACGUUAUUGAGCAGCCGGAGUUUGCCAACAACCAGACCAGAACGAUGUUCUACAGAAAAAUCGAGGAGAAUUUCAAUAUGUAUAGUAAGAUUCACUAUCGGAACCAUGAACAGAUCAAGAUUAGGUGGACAUCUUUGAAUACCGCUACCCUCAAGUUUACUGCGAUUUACAACGCAAUCGAGUGGAACCCUCCAAGUGGUUCCUCACCUGAUGACUGGAUGUCAACUGCGAUGACAGUCUAUGCCAAUCAGACAAAAGGGACAGCUUUUUCUUCUGUUUCAGCCUGGCAAAAAGUUUGUUACUGUCCAAAAUGGCGAGGCGAUCGACCGGAUCUGACUGUCCCAAUCCCCUUGUCCGAUAACAUCGAAAUCGAAUCGGGAAACAUCACCAACAUUGGAGCAGCCACCCCCUCUGGCCCCUGUACCCCCAGCUCACGCAAUGCCUCAUCGAUCUCGCGUCCGACUGGGCAAAAGGCGGCCAAGAGGCGUCGGAUCGAAGGCUACAAAGACGACGAGAUGCUCUCGGCUGCAGAUAACUUUGCUGAAAUCUCGAAGGAACAACUGGCUGUUCUUAGCGAGGGAAACACGAUUGAGAUUGAGAGGAACAAGAUCUCGAAUGAAAUGUUGAAGAUUGAGGAGAAGAAAUUGGCGCUCAAGGAAAAAGAUUCGAAGAUUCUGGAGGCUCACAAACAGAGUGAGACCCAGAUGAUCGAUUACAAGCUUCUCCGAGAAUUGACGGAUGGGAAGGAAGACACGGAGGCCGAACAGGUUCUCCAGAUGAUGAAAAAAAAUUAUUCACAAGUGGCUCUCCACAUCUUAAGAUUGAUGUAUCCCAAAUAUUAG